AACCGGGUCAGCUGGGACUCCGCUUUUCUCGCCCACCCCUUGCAAACCCUGGGCUUUCAGGAGGGCGCAUGGGACUCUGGCAAUGGGAAGGUGGAGGCUGAUGUGGCGGCCGUGGGGCUGCGGCAAGAGCAGCCUCUCGGUACCUACGGUGCUCCACUACCGAAAUGUCUCUUCCUUUGUCCUGCCCCGGCAACCUGUGCCGUCGUUGGCUCAAACCAUGGGCCAAUACCUGCGCUCCCUUGAGCCCCUGGUGAGUCCCAAGGACCUGGAGCAGACGCGGCAGCUGGUGGCGGCAUUUGAGGCCCCGGGUGGAGAAGGCGAGAGGCUCCAGGUGCGGCUGAAAUGCCGGGCGGCUCGCAUGGAGAACUGGAUCAGAGAUUGGUGGAUUCAGACAGCCUAUUUGGAGAAUCACCUUCCCCUUGUUGUCCACUCAAGCCCAGCGGUUGUCUUGCCCAGGCAGGAUUUCAAUGACUGGAGAGGACAAUUGAGGUUUGCAUCGAAACUCAUUGCUGGAGUGCUGGAUUUCAAGGCCAAGAUUGACCACCAGACCCUGCUGGUUGAGUAUUCCCACGGCCACCCGCUCAGCAUGGACUGCUAUUCUCGCCUCUUUGCCUCCUGUCGACUGCCUGGGCGAAAACGUGACUCUAUAUUACUGCCUCCACCUGGACGAAAACCUCCCAGUUAUAUUACUGUUGUUCGCAACUUCCAGUUCUUCCGGCUCGAAGUAUACAACAGCGAUGGGACGCCCCUGACCAUUGACCAGCUCUAUUUGCAGCUUCUGAAAAUCCGCUCCCAUUCUUGGAAGUUGAAUAAAGAGCCCUUGGGAGUCCUCACCAGCGACCACCGACAUACCUGGGGAGAGGCCUUUGCUACUCUCAUGAAAGACAAGCUGAACCAGGAAUCAGCUCUCACGAUCCAGCGUAGCCUCUUCACAGUCUGCCUGGAUGCCCCUAUCCUGAAGGUGUCGGACGCUAACACCCAAAGCCGCUUGGCAGCUCAAAUGCUGCAUGGGGGAGGGAGCUAUUCCAACAGCGGCAAUCGCUGGUUUGACAAGACGCUGCAGUUCAUUAUCGGAGAAGAUGGCACCUGUGGAGUCCUUUAUGAACAAGCCAUUGCUGAGGGGCCACUGAUUGCCACUGUCAUUGACUACGUCCUUGAUUAUUGCAAAGAUCCAAUCAUGGUACGCAGCCCACUGAUCCCUCUGCAGUUGCCCCAAAAGCUCUAUUUUUCCAUCACUCCAGAAGUCAAACGUGACCUUGAAUGUGCAAAGCAGAACCUGGAUGUCCUCAUCAGCGACCUGGACAUCCGCUGUUUCACAUAUGAUGGUUUUGGCAAGGAGUUUCUCAAAAGGCAGAGGUUGAGCCCUGAUUCCAUUGUGCAGGUAGUGCUGCAGCUGGCGCAUUACAGAGCACACGGGAAGUUGUGUCCCACCGCAGAGUCAGCCUCGCUUCGUCGCUUCCAUCAGGGCCGGACAGAAAUCAUCCGGUCUGCUACCUCGGCUGUGCUGGCCUUUGCCCAGGGAAUGGCUGAUGACAAGUGUCAGGCUCCUGAAAGAUUAUCUCUCCUGAAGCAAGCAGCUGAAUUCCACAGCACCCUCACAGAUCAGGCUCUGGAUGGGCAAGGCAUCGACUGCCAUUUGCUUGGACUGAAAAUGGAGGCCAUAGCGGAUGGCUUCCAUGUACCUGAGCUUUUUAUGGAUAUUUCCUACACCAUGGCCUCAUACUGGAAACUCUCCACAGGACAGGUUGCUGCCCGCACGGAUUGCAUGAUGUGUUAUGGGCCGCUUGUGCCUGACGGCUAUGCUGUUUGCUACAACCCUUUGCCUUCCCAUAUUAAUUUUGCCGUCACUGCCUUCAACUGCUGUGAGGAAACCAACGCCACUUACUUAGCCGACAACAUCCAGAACGCCCUGGCUGAUGUGGGGGCCUUGCUGGGGGACUUUGGAGAGGGCCACCCUGAAGGACUUUGAGAAAUGUUUUGUACUUGUUUGGCUUCACUUCCGACCUCAGCGUGACUGACAGCAUCCUCUCGACAUUGGCCAACUCAUUACUCAUCGUUGAGAAGUCCCCAGUCUCAUCCUUGCCUUCCUUGGUGCCGAAGCUUGGGAUGCAGCAUCCUUCAGAGCACUCCUAAUUCGUAAUGCCCUUUGCCACCUCUAGCAGGGAUUUGUGGGAAGGUGGCUGUCCUUUUUUAUAUACAUACAUACAUCUUCUAAAUUCAAGGUCAGAUCUAAUUUAUUUCCAGAAUAAAGAAAUUUAAAAUAUAUGUUUCAGGAAAAGUC